UGUUAACCAAACACUUCAUUCAUUCAUCAAAUUUGUAGCAAUAAUUGUGACCAAAAAUGCCAAUCAAUCGUCCAUUUGGUGCACCGAAUCCGUCCUCAAGACUCACGGCCUCCACAAUCAGCUCUUCGGCCAAAACCAGAUCCGAUGGCAUUGAGAGCCACACAAACCAUACGUCCAAUGAGUCCAUUAUGAAGAGGACCACAAAUUUGACCCGAACUCGAAGUCUUCGGUUGCCUUCGAGGUGCAGAGAUCAGUACCUCAUGAGUGGACACCUCAUGCAAAGCAACACCACUGAAGACAAUCACUUGUCGCCAAAGAACACAUACCAGAGCAGACUUUCCAGCGGUCGACACGUGACAGAUAUGUCUGCAUCGAUGCAAUCAUCGCAUGAGCUCUCACUCAACGCCAACAAGAAGUGGAAGAAUCAGUCAUUUGGUCUGAAGGAGGCUUUGAUACCGAAAUUUGUGAGAAAUAGUUUCGGAAAAAGCAAUAAAAGCAAUGGUUUGGACGACAAGUAUGAAGACAAGUACCGAAAGCGAGUGUCUGCUGAACAGAGGGAUCACUUUGAAGUGAAUGGCGGUCCGCGAAGUCCGGCCACUCCUCACACUUUGCACAGUCCCUCCUCUCCGAUGUCUAACUCGAGUCGCGAUUCGGGAAUAAUUGGCAUUAAUUGCGGAAAUUGUGAUAAAAAUAAUUUAAAACAUUUCCGCAAAUUGUCUGAAGAGCACGAAAGGCUGCAAAUGGAGUACUCGAGGGUUAGACUACAACUCAUCGAAACCACUGCAACGCUUCCCAACAAAUUGGUUUCCAUCGAUAGUCAACAACAGGUCUCAGACAACGACACACAACUCGAGCUCAAGAAAGAGAAAUCUUUGGCCAACAAUUACAAGACCGAAAUCAUUAGACUUCAGGAAGAGUUGAAACGAUUGCAGCGAAAGUAUUGGGAGAAUAUUAUAUCCCAGAAGAGUGUGAACCGAAGCCAAACCAAUGGCUGCAAAGCGGCCGCAGACUCGCUCUCCAAUUCAUCCAACUCUCAAAACGCGAGUCUCGACUUAGAAGACAUAAAACAUACAGAACUCGAACACAAAGUACAGACUUUGGAGAAUAAAAUCCUAGAACUCGAGAAUGAGACUAAAGAAGCAAAAGAAAGCAUUGAAUUCCUGACGAGUGAGCGAACAGUUUUGGCCGAUAGUCUCAAAGAAACCGAAGAAAGCCUUUUCAAAGAGCGCUUGGAUUGGAUCAAAGAGAAGGAGACCUUCGAUAAAGUG